AUGAGCACCACUGGGUUACGAAACUGGCGCGGUGAGAUCAUCGGGCCUAAAACUAUCCAGCCGCUUAAUGACGAAAAUCAACGGUUACCAUCUGCAGUAACCGAUUCCGCUAGUGGUCCAAGUUUGGUCGUUCAUGAACGGAAGAAGAAUAUGUCAAUGUCAAACAUUUCAAAGGAAAAGGGUGUGACCUCAAUUAAAGUGCUUUGUAAAGACGAAUUUGGUCGCGAUGUGCUCGAGUUAAAGCAUAAGCACAACCACAGUAAAGGGGAUAGGAAGCAUCUGAAACACUUUAGUAGCAAAUCAAGAUCGCGGAGUACGCAACGCCACACAAUGAAUACUCUACCACCGCCUGAUCCAUACCGUCCGCACCUCGACGAAGAUCGAGGCAGACGAAUUCAGCAACAUAGACAUCAACCAAAUCAAAGUCAAAGGCGAGAUAAAAGAGAUCGAUCUCGCUAUCGUGGCCAUAGUCAAAGAUGUAGAGAUCGAAAAGAUCGACUAGAUAGCUACCAGCGCUAUCAUCGUCAAAGUUUCUCACGGAGUCGUAGCAGAAGUCGUGGGCGACGUCGUCGAAGAUCUCGUUCGUCGCGAUCUCAUCAAAUACGCUUGUCGACCUCAGUCGAACGCCAAUGGACUCACAACGCUUUUAGCACCCGCAGUCCAAGUCCACCUCGAAGUGUGAAUCCACUUUAUCGACCAGAACCUGAGACUUGGUUGAUCGAUUCAAUUUUUUCUAGCUUCAUGAGCACGCUUCUUCAUGACUGGGACAAAGGUUCAAAUAGCAAGCGCAAGAAACUAUUGAAAUGGUUUUACAGCCAUUUUCAUUCAAAUCGUGACCGUGAUCGACUGCUCGAAUUAAAGUUUGGUGCCGACAUUGCUCUAUUUCUACCACGUCUUUUAGCGUGGAUGCAAAAAACAAGUGCAAGUGAAAUUCCUUGUACCCUUAUAGCAUGCCAAACGACACAAAAAUCAACAGUAGCUCAAUGUUUCGCGCUGUCAGAACAAGUUGCUUGUCUUUCUGUCUUUAUCGACUCGGUAUAUGUCCAUCACUACUAUCAAGAGUUUCAGUACGCAGAAGGUCUUGAGAUUGUCCUUAAGAUCGUAGCUAUUGAAGGAAAUAAAUUCGAAAGUCAAAAACCUCUGGUUUCGCUACGCAAUCGUGAGAUCUUGCUUUGUAUUAUCUUACGAAUUUCCAAGAUGAGUCGGCAAUGCAAAAAGGAAAUCAGCUCUCGAAAUGGGGAAUUCGCUGUCCUUCAUGGAGUUUUAGCAAGCGGUGACAAUAAUGAUUGGAAUUUAGAAUCACGAGUUUGGACGUUAUGUCGGCAGAUUCUUCUUGAACAGCUCGUGGAGAAUAUACUGAGUAUCGACCGAACCCAUGAAGUAGUUGUUUUCAUGCUUCAAAGCUCUAUUAUGCGUCUUCAGCUCUUUGGUGCACAGAUUCUUCGAUCAAUUAUUUCCAAGGACUCAUUCUCGUUCAAUUUCGAGUAUCGACAACGAAAUGAGAUGAAACUUGUGCCGCUUUGCGUGUCUCUCCUGAAAGCGACUGAUGUGUAUCUUCAGCAUGAAAAUACUGAAAUUCUGCUUGAGUUAUUGCACUCGAAACAUUUACAGGAUGUUAUUUUGAAGACUCUUGUUCACGUUAUAGAAGACUCUGCCAGAGACCAGAAUGCUAGAGUUGAAGAGCGAUUUGUAUCCAUCGAAGAAACGAAAGAGUAUGAGACUUAUGCUCAUCUCCACGCACCUUUUUUUCAAGUAUCUCAGGCGAUGAAUUAUAUCAUUAAAUCGAAUCGUAGUCUUUUGCCAGCUGUGGUCAACAAAUAUGAUCUUCUCACUCCUUUUGCAUUCGUUCUUGUAAUUGAGCGGUCUCACUCGCUGAAAUGGUAUGCGGCAGCGACAAAUCUCUCUUUUAUCUUUUCGCACUACUUUAAGGGUGUAGCUGUACAACUAUGUGAUCUAUUUGAAAUAUCAAACGACGAGCUUUUAAAAUGGAAAGAUAAGCAAGAUAUCAAUGAUGUGAUGUUUGCAGAGUUCCUACUUGGUGAUCCAACACGUCGUAAAUAUCUCAUUUAUCGAUUUUAUCAACGUGGUUGGUAUCGUCCAUUACUUUCCAGAAAGCACUUUGAUGCAGAUUGGAUUCUUCAUGACAUUGAACAUUACAUUGAAAUCACAACGCGUGACUAUAUUCCACAGCUACAAAGUCAUAAGUAUGUAGGGGAGAGCGAGGAAGAGAGUGAAGAGAUGGUCAAGCGUGAGCAUUGCUUUCGCAGUCAGCUCCAACAUCAUUUUGCUCUAUUUUCGCCUCGUAGAACUAGUCAAUGUGAUUCAUAUCACUAA